AUGUCUUUCGCUUUUGGUCUUCCUGACAUGUCGCUGUGGGGUCUUCCCAAGGGAGAUACUCCAGCACCUCCAUCGCCUUUCGAAUGGUCUUGGUUGACUGCCGUAUUCGAUGCCUCCAUGAAGGUGUCCACGCCGUUGACUAUAGCCAUUGUCUAUUUCUCAUUAGUUCAUUUCAUCAACCCGAUCGUAUUGAGGAGACAGAUCAGACAGGCCAAGAUCCUGGAGAAGGACGCCGACAAAAUGACCGAAAAAGAGCUUAAGAGAUUGAAGCCUGCUCCAUACAAGAUUGCAAAGUACCCGUUGUUCAAGUUGUUCGUCCUUUUGCACAAUGUGUUCCUCUGUGCUUACUCCAUGUGGACGUUCUUUGGUAUGUUGUCUAGCUUUGGUCGUUACAUCUUAAAGAUGAAGCUUAAGACCCAGUCCGAUGCAUUCUUGCUGAAUUUUAUCUAUGCCGUGUGUGACAUUGAGGAGGGUGUCUUUCAGCAGAACACUCGUGACCACAACUUGACCAUUUUCGGCUGGUGGUUCUACAUCCUGAAAUUCUAUGAAGUGCUUGACACUGUUAUCAUCUUGUUGAAGGGCAGACCUCUGAGCCUUUUGCAGAGUUACCAUCACGCUGGAGCCAUGAUGUGCAUGUGGUCUGGAAUCCGUUACCAGAGUCCUCCAAUCUGGAUUUUUGUUGUGUUCAACUCGUUCAUCCACUCGUUGAUGUACUUUUACUUCUCCUUGGCCUGCUUGAAGAUCAGGGUUCCUGUCAUUGUAAAGAGAGUAUUGACCUCGAUGCAAAUUUCCCAGUUUGUCAUUGGUGGUUCGUUGGCUGUUUUCCACGCUUUCGUGAUGUACGAGGACUUCACCGACAACACUCAUACCAGCUGUAUCGCUACUCCAGACCAGCUUUUACCUUUGGUGAUCAACGUGGCCUACUUGACGCCAUUGACCAUGUUGUUUGCUGCCUUUUAUAUCGAGAGUUAUAUUAAGAGAAAGGCCAACUAA